AGUUGACGGCGCGGCCGGGCGCGGGGCGCCGGGCAGUGCAGUGCGGAAACCGCGGCGCCGAGGACGCGUGAGCUGGGAGCGUAGCCGCGGGGUGGAGUUCAGCCUACUCUUUCUUAGAUGUGAAAGGAAAGGAAGGUCGUUUCAUGCCUUGUUGAUAAAGGUUCAGACUUCUGCUGAUUCAUAACCAUUUGGCGCUGAGCUAUGACAAGAGAGGAAACAAAAAGUUAAACAAGCAAGCCUGCCAUAAGUGAGAAGCAAACUUCCUUGAUAACAUGCUUUUGCGAAGUGCAGGAAAAUUAAACGUGGGCACCAAGAAAGAGGAUGGUGAGAGUACAGCCCCCACCCCCCGUCCAAAGAUCUUGCGUUGUAAAUGCCACCACCAUUGUCCAGAAGACUCGGUCAACAAUAUUUGCAGCACAGACGGAUAUUGUUUCACGAUGAUAGAAGAAGAUGACUCUGGGAUGCCUGUCGUCACUUCUGGAUGCCUAGGACUAGAAGGCUCAGAUUUUCAGUGUCGGGACACUCCCAUUCCUCAUCAAAGAAGAUCAAUUGAAUGCUGCACAGAAAGGAACGAAUGUAAUAAAGACCUGCACCCUACACUGCCUCCACUGAAAAACAGAGAUUUUGUGGAUGGACCUAUACACCACAAGGCUUUACUUAUAUCUGUGACUGUCUGUAGUUUGCUCUUGGUCCUUAUCAUUUUAUUUUGUUACUUCCGGUAUAAAAGACAAGAAACCAGACCUCGAUACAGCAUUGGGUUAGAACAGGAUGAAACUUACAUUCCUCCUGGAGAAUCCCUGAGAGACUUAAUUGAGCAGUCUCAGAGCUCAGGAAGUGGAUCAGGCCUCCCUCUGCUGGUCCAAAGGACUAUAGCUAAGCAGAUUCAGAUGGUGAAACAGAUUGGAAAAGGUCGCUAUGGGGAAGUUUGGAUGGGAAAGUGGCGUGGUGAAAAGGUAGCUGUGAAAGUGUUCUUCACCACAGAGGAAGCCAGCUGGUUUAGAGAGACAGAAAUAUAUCAGACAGUGUUGAUGAGGCAUGAAAACAUUUUGGGUUUCAUUGCUGCAGAUAUCAAAGGGACGGGGUCCUGGACCCAGUUGUACCUAAUCACAGACUAUCAUGAAAAUGGUUCCCUUUAUGAUUAUCUGAAGUCCACCACCCUAGACACUAAAUCAAUGCUGAAGUUAGCCUACUCUUCUGUCAGUGGCUUAUGUCACUUACACACAGAAAUCUUUAGCACUCAAGGCAAACCAGCAAUUGCCCAUCGAGAUCUGAAAAGUAAAAACAUUCUGGUGAAGAAAAAUGGAACUUGCUGUAUUGCUGACUUGGGCCUGGCUGUUAAAUUUAUUAGUGAUACAAAUGAAGUUGACAUACCACCUAACACUCGAGUUGGCACCAAACGCUAUAUGCCUCCAGAAGUGUUGGACGAGAGCUUGAACAGAAAUCACUUCCAGUCUUACAUCAUGGCUGACAUGUAUAGUUUUGGCCUCAUCCUUUGGGAGGUUGCUAGGAGAUGUGUAUCAGGAGGUAUAGUGGAAGAAUACCAGCUUCCUUAUCAUGACCUAGUGCCCAGUGACCCCUCCUACGAGGACAUGAGAGAGGUUGUGUGCAUCAAGAAGUUACGCCCCUCAUUCCCAAACCGAUGGAGCAGUGAUGAGUGUCUAAGGCAGAUGGGGAAACUCAUGACAGAAUGCUGGGCUCACAAUCCUGCAUCAAGGCUGACAGCCCUGCGUGUUAAGAAAACACUUGCCAAAAUGUCAGAGUCCCAGGACAUUAAACUCUGAUAUGACAGGAAAAGUAAGCAUCUCUGCAGAAAGCCAACAGGUACUCUUCUGUUUGUGGGCAGAGCAAAAGACGUCAAAUAAGCAUCCACAGUACAAGCCUUGAACAUCGUCCUGCUUCCCAGUGGGUUCAGACCUUACCUCUCAGGGAGCGACCUGGACAAAGACAGAGAAGCUCCCAGAAGCAGAGAUUGAUCUGUGUCUGUUUGUAGGAGGGAGAAACCGCUUGGGUAACUUGUUCAAGAUAUGAUGCAUGUUGCUUUCUGAGAAAGCCCUGUAUUUUGGGAUUGCCUUUUUUUUUUUUUUUAAGAUGCUUUCAUUUUGCCAAAAUAAAACAGAUAAUGUGGAUGGUUUAAGGGUUAUAGAAUUAUAGUUUAAAUAAUAACAACAAAAGUUCUUCCCAGGAGCUCUGCUGGAAGGUAAAUUAAAAUACAUGUCUUUCCAUUGGUAAAAUAUUGUUGCACUCUGUGAACCAAAAGACAGUCUAAGUUGGAGGACAUAGAACAGAAUUCAUCUUAAACAUACUCCCCACCCCACCUUAGCCUCCUCAGACCACUUUGGCCAUCCCUGUAUUUGGGGCCGCUACGGUAAUGUGAAUGCACUGGGUACAGACACCGCCUGUCUAGGACCACAUUUGGAAUUCCUGCAGGUGGCCUUUUGCAGCUUCAGGCAAUAUGGAACAAAUGAAGGUUUAUGUGACUCUAAUAGAAGUAAUUGUUGAUAGGUGUUGUUCAGAACCACUUCUGUUUCUGAUUGUGUUAGGCAUCUCUGUCAUGGUAAAGUCCUUCUCGUUAAACACAAAGAAAGCUUUUGUUUUGUUUUGUUUUUUAAUGUGCAGAGGAUUGACCUGUACAUGCUUUUGAUCUCUCAGUCAAAGGAUCAAUAUUAAAUAAAAUUGUCAUGAGCUGUGUUGAAGACGGGGUGCUUUAAAAUAGAGGUAAUUUGCUCUUGUGUUGUAAGAGGAAUAUGUCAACAAAGAUAGGGAACGAGGGAGAGUGAUGGUGCAGAUGGCUUGUAUCUUAUAUAUGCAAAGGAGCCAAUCUCAGAAGCACAAAGAAAAAAGUGUGCAAACCUUAUUUUGUAGAGAUAAAGAUGAUGUCUUUUUGUUGUCUGUUCAUUUUGUAUGUGUCUGAGAUAAGGAAUAGAGAGGAAACAUCCAUCAGGCUAAUUUAACUACAUUUUAUUUUAAAAAUAGGGAAACAUAACCUCUAGAUGGGACAGCAGAGGAGAGUUAGUGGAGGCCACACAAUAUUAUGGGCUGCUGUGUUUUACUGUUCUAAAAUCAAUAUGGAUGGAAUAUGUAUGUUAAGUGAUCAUUUCACAUCUUAGGAAUGCCUACUCAUUUUAUUUUAUUCUAGUGAUGUUCAAUUCACUAUUUAAUUUAUUAUAUUUUCUCUUCCGUGGCACUUAUACAAAAUAUCUCUUCACCUACUUAGUUCUACAGGGUUUUAACUUUGGAACAACAUGAAUAAAAUCAUUGAGAAGGCAAAUAUUCUUUAGCAACAUGAAUAUAAUAAAGCUUAAAGUUGUACACUUUAAUCACAUACAUUUCCUUUCUGUGGUUUUCUUUUGCUUCUUAGAAAUUCUGUAGUGGUUAGUGGUAGUAAAGAAUUUGAAAGUACUUUCCCCUUGUCUUUUUUUUUUUUUAAGACAUUCCUCCCAGAAUACUCCAGGGGGCAGUGUUUUAUAACACAUUUUCCCCACUGGGUGAUUGAAGGAUGGAGGAUUUUUGCAAAUUUGACAGCUACGUGAAACACGAAAAAACAUUUUCCUCACUUCUGAAGUCGGUUUGCAGCUGGUAACUUGUUCAUCCAGAAAACAUUCUAAAGCAAUGAUAGUUUGUGAGCUGUGCUUACAGUUUGGGAGAAUCAUGAGGAUUCUUUCUAUAUUUUGCAUUUACUUCCCAGUGCUUCAUAGCCGCAUUUUGUUUGUAACUAAGACAGAAG